UUUUCCCUUAUCUGCCGAUUUCCUAUACCUCCUCAUUUAUAACCCAAACCCCUUUUUUUCCUUCUCCAUCUCCCGAUUUCCUCUGUUCCAUGGCCACAGCGAUCCAUUGCCGCAGCGACAAGAUCAACACCUUCGACCUCCUCCUCUUCCUCAUCCGUUACCACGAUGGUGACCGUAGAAAACACUCCAACUGCGACACAACCUCCGGAAACCCUUGUUCUCCAACUGCGCUCCAGGAAGAAGAAGGUGACCUGGAAAGAGGGGACCGUGGAUAAUGAGUUUAUGAACAAGAAGAGUUCUAAGAAAUGCUGCAUCUUCCACAAACAAAAACCCUUCGACAAAGACGACAGCGACGACGAUCAUCACCAUAACCACCGCUCUUGUGGUCAUGAUCGCAAGGAUGACUGUGGGCCCAGUACCAGCUCCGGCAACUGAUUGAUUAAUUCGGUGACUUUUUUCGAUUUACCGUCUGCCCUCGUGGGAUCAAUUUGAGAACUAGAAGUUGUCCGACAUAUGAUUUUGGAUCUUUAUUUUUGCCGUUUCGAUUUACUUUCAUCAGUUUUUCCGCUGUUUGGGUAUUUCUAAGUUCUAAUUGCAAUUGCAUGUGCUCAUAGUCUUUUGGUGUGAACUCAAUGGUCCAAUUGCCUAUGGUUUUAUGGGUAUGUUGUUUAUUAAUUAUGCCAGAAGGGGAAUGUUAAUUUCCAU